AGCGUGUGCUGGGCCGGGAGGUGCCUUGGCUUGCCCAGGCUUGGGUGCAGAGCUGCUGCUCCCGUGUCCCAUCCUCUGCUUGCCCCUGCCCUGUGUCCAGGUGAAGCUCCAGCAUCCAGACAUGUCCUGCUGCAACCCGUGCGUGCCCUGCCAGCCCUGCGGCCCGACCCCGCUGGCCAACAGCUGCAAUGAGUGCUGUGUCAGGCAGUGCCAGAGCUCCACCGUCGUCAUUGAGCCUUCCCCCGUGGUGGUGACCCUGCCCGGCCCCAUCCUCAGCUCCUUCCCUCAGAACACCGUUGUGGGCUCCUCCACCUCCGCUGCCGUUGGCAGCAUCCUCAGCUGUGAGGGAGUGCCCAUCAACUCCGGGGGCUUCGACCUCUCCUGCAUCACCAACCGCUACUGCGGCACCAGGUGCAGACCCUGCUAAAGCUGCUGCCAGCAUCCUCGGGCAAGGACCUCCACCACCUCCCACCAUGGAUCUGGACAGGAGAUAGAGCUUCGCGGCGCUGUUUCCUUCUCCCACUCUCCUCUCCAUUCCUUUCCUGUCUCCACCUCCUGCACCAGCCCAGUGGGGACCUCUUCUCCUCCCUCCCUCCCUGUGAGGGACAGGCAGGCGGACACCCUGCAGGAGCUGCACCGCAUCUUGGUGCCUGCCCCUGGUGCUCCCUGGGAGCCACCUCCUUUU